AUGGGGUUCAGACAGUCCAUACCUGACAAUUCUCUGUUCACCAAGGGAGAAGGCCAUUCUUAUGUGGCAAUGUUGGUCUAUGUUGAUGAUAUUGUUGUUGCAGGACCAGACCUCAGCCUUAUUCAAGAGGUAAAACAGAAGCUUAAUGCAAAUUUCCAGACAAAGGAUUUAGGUCCUCUGAAAUACUUCCUGGGCUUGGAAGUAGCUAGCCAGGAAAAGGGCAUUGUAGUCAGUCAAAGGAAGUAUGCCAUUGAGCUACUUCAAGAUACAGGUUUCCUUAAAUCAAAGCCAUUGACCAUCACAAGGCCUGACAUAAGCUUUGCCACUCAACAACUAUCCCAGUUCCUUGAUAAACCCACUCAUCUUCACUUACAAGCUGAUGAAAGGGUGCUAAGAUAUAUAAAGGCUGCUCCUGGACAAGGACUAUUUUUCCCUUCAUCUUCUGACUUACAACUGAAAGCCUUCUCAGAUUCUGAUUAUUGGGGUGCAUGCAUUGAUACAAGGAAGUCUGUCACAGGUUUAUGCACUUUUCUUGGAAAUGCAUUGAUAUCCUGGAAAUCCAAGAAGCAGCCUACCAUUUCUAAGUCAUCCUCCGAAGCUGAGCAUAGGGCCUUGGCCGCUACAACAUGUGAAAUCCAGUGGAUAUCAUACUUGUUAGCAGAAUUUGGAGUAAAGCUAACUGAUUCUGUGGCUAUCUAUUGUGAUAGCAAAUCUGCAAUUGCCAUUGCAGAGAACCCUAUCUUUCAUGAAUGCACUAAACAUAUAGUGUGA